AUGAAAGCCAGCUUGGCUUAUGCCAUAUUAGCACUUUCAUACGUGCUAUCGUUUGUCUUUGCUGCAGCUCGAAUAGAAAAGGUCGAGACCCACCGACAACCGCAAGUCGAUUCCGCCGAAAAUAAUCAACUAGAAGUUCGCUCGGACUCUUCCAUACUUCCGUUAGAUGUGAGAUCCAUCAAGGAUUGGACUCUUGCUGACAUACUUCUUGUGAGUGAUAUUGAUGGUAAUCUUCAUGGUGUACGGAGGAGCACCGGAGAGCUUGUAUGGACGCUUCCACUAGAUGAUCCUUUGGUACGGAUUGCUACAAACAACACCAGAAAUAGUGAGAAUGUUAACUCGAAUGUUCUAUGGUUUGUGGAGCCGUAUCAAGACGGCACACUCUACUAUUUCAAUCCACGGUUCGGACUCAACAAGUUGCCUACCAGUAUCAAAGGGCUCGUGUUCGAGUCCCCAUUCUGCCUUAGCGGAGACGACAAAAUCUACACUGGGUCGAGAAGAACCUCCUUGUUCACAUUCAAUCUUUACACGGGCGAAGUUAAGUCUCAGUUUGGAGAAAACGACAAGUGCCCUAGUCCUUACAUCCAUUUAAAUUCUCCUCAAGGGUUCACUCCUAACCGAGGCCAUAGUAUCAUGAUGGGAAAAACCACAUACGAGCUCUCCAUUCACUCGAAGGCCAACGACGUGGUAUCGUGGAACGUGCUGUACGCCCAAUGGGGCCCAAACAACAUCGAUAAUGACCUCAUCUUACAAAACCAACAGAGUAAAGACGGCAUCUAUUUUACACCUUUCCAUGAUAAGUCACUUCUAGCCAUAAAUAAGGAGUUGGGAACACCCGUUUGGAUAGCAAAAUUACCACUGUUGGCUGUCAGCGUGUUCGAUGUCUUCACUAAGGCAGACGGCUCCGACUCGGUUGCUUUGCCCCAUCCACUUAAAGUGCUCAACGAUCUCCAAGCUAAAGCUGACGACUACUCGCUCAACAAUGACUUGUGCUUCAUCAAUAAAACUUCAAAUGGAGCUGAAUGGUUUGCCAUGAGCUACCGAAACUAUCCAACUUUGAUCAAAAGUGCUCCAGUUUCCCUCUACCAGAUGGCCCUUUAUGAUCUAUCUACAAAACCUCUUGACACCAUGAGCGACUCGCAAAUGAAAUACAUCGAACGCCUCAAAAAUCUCCAAUUGUUGAACCCUGGUUCUGCAGCCGAGGCCAAGCACGUUGAAGAGUUCAUUCGUGGUUCACACAGAGUACAUCAUCUCUCUGCCGACACUUUAUACCAACCAAUAUCAAGAUUUCAAAAUUUACAACGAGAAAAAAUCAAGCAAAUCGGCGACGGGAGGAAAGAACCAGCUAAAGAUGAAACCGAAAAGACUAUUCCAAACAUAAUAGAAGGGAUACGGUUUUCUAGUCAACAAGAAACCGUCAAUGCACACCUGCCAUCGGUUGUGGAAGAACCACCAAAAGCAGUCAUGGUUCUUGAUCGCACGUCUGAUAUUGCAUCCACGAUCAAAAAUCGUACAAAACCCGUGGCGAAGAGCUCUUUGGCAUUUAUCCAGCGCAUUGCCGAAGACAUAAUUGUUCUUUUGAUUUUACUUGCUGUAAUCAUGAUGUUCAACAGAGCAGGUAAACUCAAUCUCAACAUCAGUUCCGAGCAACAGGUUGAGCUUGAAAAGUCUCGUGGAGAAGAUAGAAUCGAGGAGAUCAAUGGCUCGAUCAACGACACCGCUAUUGCUGAAGAUUUGAAAUCUGAGAGCGAAGAAAAAAUCACAGUGAAUGAGGCUGAUAUGGAGGAAAGUUCAUCUCAAGACAAUUUGAGCGACGACAAGAAGAUCAAACGAGUUACCAUUGUUACUCCAAAUGAUAAGUUAGAGUCAAGUGAUUCCAAUGUGGCUGUAGAUGCCACCAUCACAAAAGACUUGGACUUGAGUGAGGACGCCGAAGAUGAGCAGAACGAUAAUUCUGGCCAAGAAAGCAACUCAACGACAAAGAAAAAGCGCAAAAGAGGUAGUCGUGGAGGCAAGCGUGGAAAAGGCAAAAACCAGAACAAUGUGGAAACCAUCUCUCCUGAAAAUAGUACCCGGAAUGAGGGCGAGGAUUUGGUAGAUGAUGGAGCCAUCUCAACAACAAGUUUGAUUAAAACAAUGCCUGAACCUACUAGCAACUCGUUGAAACGGCUCCACAUCGAAAAGAAUCUUGUCAUUACCGAUAAAAUCUUGGGUUAUGGUUCUCAUGGUACUGUCGUUUACCAAGGUACAUUUGAGAAUAGACCUGUUGCGGUGAAGCGUAUGUUACUUGAUUUCUAUGACAUUGCAAACCAUGAGGUGAGUCUUUUGCAAGAAAGUGACGACCACCCCAAUGUGAUACGGUAUUUCUGCUCUCAGCUGAGCGAAUCGGAAAAGUUUCUUUACAUUGCAUUGGAAUUGUGUCGCUGCUCACUCGAAGAUGUCAUUGAAAAGAGGAAGUAUGCCACUCAAUUUCCACUCGUGGAUAUGGCUACGGUUUCUACUGUGUUGCUCCAGCUUGCAAGCGGUUUGCAUUAUUUGCACUCGCUCAAGAUUGUUCACAGAGAUUUGAAGCCGCAAAACAUUUUGGUUGGUGAAACUAAAAACGCCAGAACCAAAGGCAAGCCAGACCCAAAUAGCAAUGUGAGGUUGCUCAUAUCUGAUUUCGGGCUCUGUAAAAAGUUGGAUGCAGAUCAAUCCUCGUUUAGAGCAACCAGCCAUCAUGCUGCUCUGGGAACCACUGGUUGGAGAGCCCCAGAGCUCAUGUUGCACGGCAACUUACUGGAAAUUUCACCCGAGACGGUGGCAGCGUCACAAACCGAAAUCAAUAAGGCACUAACAAACCAGGAAACUAGGCUAACAAAAGCCAUUGAUAUUUUUUCGCUUGGGUGUGUUUUUUUCUAUGUAAUGACCGGUGGGGGCCACCCAUUCGGCGAUCGGUAUAUGCGGGAAGCUAAUAUUAUCACUGGCGAAUACGAUCUCAGUCGUUUGCAAAAAAUUGACCCAUACAACUACGCAGAGCUGUCUCAUUUGAUUGCAUGUAUGAUCGAGCGAAAUCCAAGCUUGAGAUUAGAUACUGCUGGGAUCAUGAUGCAUCCAUAUUUCUGGAAACCAGCGAAAAAAUUAGAGUUUUUGCUCAAGGUAAGCGAUCGGUUUGAAGUUGAAAGACGUGAUCCUCCAAGUGACCUCUUGUUAGUUCUUGAGCUGUCGGCCAUCAAAGUGCAUGGAGGAAAUUGGCAUAAAAGAUUUGACCAAGCAUUCAUGGAUAAUCUUGGCAAAUAUAGAAAAUACUUUCCAGACAAAUUGAUGGAUCUCUUGCGUGCCAUGCGGAACAAGUACCAUCAUUUCAAUGAUAUGCCUGAUUCUUUGAAGGAGCAAAUGAGUCCAUUGCCAGACGGGUUUUACAAGUAUUUCAAUGAAAGAUUUCCGCAUUUACUUAUGGAAAUCUUUUUCAUCGUCGAAAAGCAUUUGAAGCAUGAGCAUGUGUUUAAUGACUUUUACGUGCAACAGCAUUAA